AUGGAGGAGUCAAAACUUAAUAAUCAUGCACAUAAUGGAGCACCAGAGAGUUCCAAGAUCAGCCCACCAGAGCUCAGUUUGGACAUUCCAGAGAUUUCUCAGCUUUCUUUUCUCUCUACUAAUUGGGAAAAUGUUGAGCUCCCAGUUGAUAUUUUGUUAUUCACAGUCAGAAAGGAGGAGUUUUUAUCGUGUUUUGGCUUCCUAAAGGAUCCCAUUAUGAGGAGUUCCCGUGGCUGUAUUGGUAUUGUAUACUUUAGUUCCAUGGAGGAUGAACGGGGAAAUGAAAUUAAAAUUGCAUUAAUGCGUUGUUCCAAAGGUCAUGAUGGUCCUGGAGGAGCUUUGUCUGCUGCAAAAGAUGCCAUCUUUCUUUUGAGGCCCAAGGCUUUAUUUUCUGUAGGUGCAUGCAAUGGUGUUAACAAAUCAAAGGUCAAGUUGGGAGAUGUAGUUGUGUCAUCAAAGCUGAAAAUACCUGGAUAUCUAAUUUCACCCAUGAGAAAUAUUAAUAAUCUUAUCAGUAAUAUAGGAGAUGGAUGGAAAGCACCUUUGAAAAAUGCAAAUGGGUAUAAACCUGAGAUCCACUCGGGAGUGUUUCUUUGUGUCUCAGAGGCAAACAAUGACAUAAUUAGCGGAUGUACUGAAGCAAUUGCUGUUGAAAAGGAAGGUGGAGGAGUUUGGACUGCAGCCCAUGAUUAUAAAACAGAAUGGCUGAUAGUAAAGGGAAUUAAAGGUUUUGCAAAUGAUAACCAGUCUUACAAUAAGGAUUGGAAAAAAUUUGCCUGUGUGAUGGCAGCAUCAGUUGUGGCCAACUUAUUAACUGAUCCAGUCAUAUUCCAAGAUUGGCCUCACUUCAAUGCAGCCACAAGUCCCUGCUCUGCAGCCUCAACAGCAUCUGCCUCUAAACCCGUUUGUGCUUGACUUAUUUUAUCCUUCCUUACAUACCCUUAUGAUCAUGCAUUCCAUUUUAGUCAGCAUAGUGAUUCUUUGAAAUAGUGUACUUUUCAUCUUUUUGCUGAAAUAAAAUGUUUAGUUUAUA